AUGUGGGUAGACUCCGACUCACAUAUAAAUAGUCUGCUGUCCCUGGGCUCACCAUUAAUUGUGGAACAACCUAAUAAUCACUUAGGUAUAAUCGAUUCCACAACGGAAGGCUCAUUUGCAAAGACAAGCACACAUCCAAUAAAUACAUCACAGGGAGUCCAAAGAAACAAUUCACUGACACCUCGUACACGAUCAAGGAAUUCCAAUUCAAGAAUUAAUAGAAAUUUAGCGGUUAAUAACAAGGAUGAUGACACUACUAGCGAAAUGACUUCAGACAGUUCGAUUAUAGAUACAAAUAUUUCAGAAGACAAACUUGAAAGCGGUGAUUUAGAUAUCAGUGAAAGCGAAAUGGCGAAAAUGCCAAAAGAAGAAAUUGGUAAGAGAGAAGUGAAAAACUAUAUCAACAUUCCUCCUCUAGAGAAUGACUUCAUACAUGAACAAGCGUAUAUGGAAAUGGAAUUGAACUCGUCGCCAAUAAAACCCGCUUCAAAAGUAAGGGCAUAUAGAGAAGAAUUAUCAUCUUCUCCAAUUAAGAAGAAGAAGUCAGUUGCAUUUUCAGAUGACUUAGUGAGUGAGUUACCCAGUUCCCCUGCAGCCGUACCAUAUAGUUCGAGGCUACCAAUUCUUGAGCAAACUCCAAAAAAGUCAAUCUUAAAAAUUAAUUCUAUGAAUCAAACUUCAUCCCCAUGUAAUCCUAAUGAUACAUCAUUAUGGGUCAAAUCAUCUAAUAACAUAGACAUUAAAAACAAUCCUAGUAACCCUGAAUUCUGGGUUCUGGGCACCAUAAUACAAUUGGCACCAAGUUCACCUGAUCUACCACAACUCAUCGAUGGCUGCAUUAAUGUUCUAAAAGAUAAAAAUUUCACUAAAAAGUUUGAAGUAUAUGCCACAUUGAAUCAUAUAUGCAGAUGUAAUACUUCUGAUUGCCUAUUAAAAUUACUUACGAUACCAAAUAAAUCAAUCAAUUCAAAUCACAGUCCACAAAAGGUCAACUCCAAAAAUCUGAAUAAAACAAAUUCUACACCUUUCAUGGAUACCACGUAUAUUCAUGCCUUGUCAACAUUUAUUCAAAGAGAUGUUAAGCUAAUCGAAUCAAAGUUAUUUUGCAACAAUGAUGAAAAGGAAAACAACUAUUCGCCAUGCAAGAAUGAUCCAUUUAGUAUUCGUAUUAUCAGCCAAGCAUUAAAGUUAAUCAACUUUAUAAUGUUGGAUCAAGAAUUGAAUAAUUUCAUAUCAAUUGAAGACGCAAAAUGGUUUUACAUACACUGUUGCAAGACAAUUGUUAAACCAACUAUAUCAAAAACUCUAAUAAUACCAUAUCUUAGUAUAUUAAAGGACUGCAAAUUUAACAACAAAAAGAAAAAGCUAAUAUUUAAUAAUCAAAAUGAAAACACUAAUAUUCUGGAACUUAUUUUACAAAGUUUGCUUAACAUGAGAAAAUUCGUUAGCUCUUCAUUAGUGGUUGAAGAGUUUGUAACUUUGAAAAAUUUAGUUCUGAACUUUCCUGCUAUGAUGGCAAGCAAUUUCAAGCAUUGGUUCGAAUUUUUCCUUAUGAACUUAUGCGAUCUUUCGUCUCCAUUAUAUUCGAAAGUUAUUGGUAUGGGAAUCCUGGUAUUACUUGAGGUAGCUAGAAACUAUUUGGAUAAUAAAAAUGUUUUAUUUUCGGUAAGACAGUUACUAGCUUCUCCUUUACCUUCAACUGUGAAAUCGAUAACCUCAGAAUCAACUAUUUCGGUUUCAUCUGAAAAUACUGCUAGUAGUUCUGGUGAAACUUUAGUAAUACAUUUUAUAAUAACCAGCCUUGAAACUUUAAUUGAAAAUGGUCAGUUUAAAUCAGCUAUGGAUAUAUGGGUGGGUAUGACAUUAUUAUCUAGUAACAGUGAUUCAGGGUACGAAAAUUGGCCUUUUCUAUCAGAUUGGUUAAAGGUGCACAAAUCUUGUUUCAAUGUGGAUAACAAUUCAGCUAAAAUAAUUGCAUUAAACAGUUGGAAGGCCAUCAUUUUCAAUGUAUGUCACAAUGAUUUGGACAGCAUCCGAUAUUUGAUCGAUUCAAGUCCAAGUGGAAAAAGCAAUAAAUCAAAACCACAAGGUAUCAAUAAUAUAUUGAAGUCAAAGAUAAAGUUGUUGAUUCAUCCGUUACUUAAUAUUUCAGCUGUAGAAAAUCAAAAAGAAAUCAUUGACUCGUCACACAGCUUAUUUUUAUCUAUCAUAUACACCUUGCUUAACCCACUGACAUUAACUUCAUCUAAAUAUGUCCACAUAUAUUGGGAUAAGGUUAUUCAACCAGUAUUGAUAAAUUUUUAUUUUAAAAAAGGUUUAUCUAAUACGUAUAUGAAUGAGUUGGGCUUCAAGAUUUUAACACGUCUAAUAAAAUCGCCAUUAUCUGCUAAUGAAAGGCCAUUUAACGACAUGCGAUGUCUUUCUAAUGAACCACUAAACCUUACGGAUAUUAGUCCAGUUAGUCCUAAAUGGAUAUUCUCUAAAUUUGAUAGAAUUAUGCAAAACAUAAAUGUUAUUUUUAGGUUGGAAGAAUUACCUAUAGAUUCAAAGUUGGAAUUUUUCAACAGCUUCUUAAAUUCGUUAAAGCUGGUCACCAAGAAAGAAAUAAAACCGUCGGAUGCAACCCGGGAUAUAAUUGAUAAUAUUCCAACAGUGUUAAAUAUUUUAUUCAAACAUAACAAGCUAUCGCAUUCUUCUAUUCAAAGGCUUAUAUUUAAUUUGAAUGAUACAUUUGAUGCCUCCAAUUUUAUGGAAAGGCGAAAUACUAAAUCAAAUACAACUAAUAUCUAUAUUCUAAUUAUUGAAAAUUGCUUGGGUGAUAUGGAAGCGCUGCAAGCUUUCGAUUUCUUAGAAUCAGUCUAUUCGACCAUCUGUGAUUCGAAGAAUUUAAUAUUCGUUCUUGAAUUGAUUCAACUACAAGAAUUCAACACACAUACUGGCUUGAAAAAUUUCAUAGUUUCAACUUUAAACAAUAGAAAAAUAAAUGCUGCUUCGAACCUCGAGUUAGAAUUGGCUGGAGAGCUUUUCCAAAUAAUAUCCAAAGACUAUGAAGUAAUCGCUAAAAAAUUGAUUCAAUCAAUUGUAUUACUCAGUGCUACAGAAUUCGAACGUGUAACAGGUAUCUUGGAUAUUCAAAUGUGGACCUUACCUAUAUUCAAGUACUUUGUUGAACUAGUCCAUAAUGCGCCACAUCCACAUCUCAAACAAAUCCCACUAAAUUUAAUAAUAUCUAGAUUUGAUAAUGACGAAGAGUUUUUUGAAAUUCUCAGGUUUCUUAUUGAUAAGCGGUUCGAUCUUGAACUUUACAAUAUAAGAAAAAAUGUCAUGAAGAAAUUCAAGGUUUUGGAAGGUUUUCGUCAGUUUGAAUUUCGUCUGAUUUGGAAUUCAUAUCUUUCUUAUAUUCUUGAAUCAGGCAAUUUCAAGUUGUUGGACGACUUACUUGUUUGUUCUUAUGAAGCAGGAUUAGAUGUAAAAACACAUAUUCAAAAUAAGUGGGGUAGGUUACCUUUAUUGAAAAAUGUAUGGCUUGCAGAUAAUUCUGAGUUAUACUAUGAUCUUGAACUUAUGAAGCAACUGAAUCCAGCCACGGGAGUCAGCCAGAAACAAUCAGAGAACACCGAAGAUGUAGAUACGCAGAUUACUGCUACGCCUGAGUGUUCUAAAGACCUAGCAAUGGAUGAUAUGGAAACAAUUGAAUCAAUUGAAAACAUCUCAAUUCCUAAACUGCUUUCCCGUGAAAAUAAAGAUAAUAUCUCUAAUCAUUAUGAGAAAGGAAAUUUCACGUCGGAUUCUGAUAUAAGCCAAUUUGAAAUUGAAAGCCUGCUCAAAUCAAAAUCAAAUCGAAAGAGACACAGUGCAGUAGCUAAACCAAAGACAAAAAAGAAAUCUAACACUAAAGUCAAAAAAGAAAAUGUGCCAACUCCAGAAGUGAAUGCAAAUUUUGAUAUUCAUUCAUUCACAGCUAUGCUAAAUGCUAAGCUUUCCCCUGAAACCCCAGUUAAGAAAGCAAGAAGAAGUUCUAGGCCUAACUCGAAGAAAAGCACCCCUGAUAAUAGUUCUAAUCCAGAAGUUUCCCGAAGUAGUAUCGAUGAUGAUACUAUUGAAAUCAGUAAUAUCAAAAGUGAAGUUCAAAUACCCUCUUCCUUUGAGCAUGAUGAUAUUCCACUUAAAGCAGAUUCAAUGCCUCAAAGUUCAAUUAACGAAUUUGACAUUGUGGAAGAUGAACCUAGUUCAACUUCAGAAACGUUCGACACUGUAAAUAAAUCCGUUUCUCCUAGCAGUUGUGACUACAGUGCAGUAAUUCAGAAAGGAUUUUCCAGUCGUGAAUCGUCUGAUCAACCUGAAGAAAUUGAGAACACCGACGACCAGGAGUCGACUAGUUGCAAGCGUAAAUCUUAUGAUGAAUAUGAAAAUACUAAAAAAAAGCAAAAGCAGCAUGAAGCUACUUCUAAUUUCAAUAGUGAUAUUGAACCCUCAGCAUCAGAAUUGGAUCUUUCAAUGGCAAAAGAAGAUGCUCGAGACCCAAAUUUAGGCAAAGAUAUUAUGCAAUCUUCCAGCGACAUCCAAAAGGAAUCGAAUGACGAGAUCCAGAGUUCAUCAAUGAAUGAUCAAUCAGCACCACCCACUUUUGAUACCCAGAAUUUCAGAGCUACUUCUACUGCAGUAACAAACACAGCGAAUUCUGAAGCCUCAAACUCAUCGGAAAGAAAUUCCUCUCUAGCACUACUGCCUCCCGUGUAUGUAGGAAACGGGUCUGAAGACAUUACUUCGGAAUCUAAUUCAAAGACUGAUAUGUUCCUUUCAACUAUUGGGGAGGACGAAGAAAUUUUAGACUCAGAUACCCCAAAGAACAAAUACGAUUCUGAUAAUAAACUGCAAAGCAAUGAAUUUAUCACUAAGCAAAGAUCUGAAUUGCAGCCAAAUAAUGCUGCUGAUGACCUUACUUCUUAUAUUGAAAAUAUGUCUGACUUAGAAAUUUCAAGUAUGUCUCGAGAUGAAAAAUAUCAUUUGGAAACCAAGUUGAUGACGUUUAUUCUACGUAUGAGAAGUCUUGACUCUAUAGAGUCUUAA